AUGGCUAAUCCUUUCCCCGCUAAAACACCAACCGGUGAUGCUCAAAUCGAGAAAUUCUCGAUUCCAUCAUCGUUUCCGUCCUCCUCACAACUCAGUCUCAAUGGAAAGACGAAACUGUCGCCUGCCGCCUCAUUCCUCAGACGCACCCCAAGUAAUGCGCAACAUGUCCGGCGCGAAUCCGUUCAGCAUCCAGAUGUCCUCCGCAGCUCGCGACGAUCCAAGUCUCAAUAUCCUCUUGACUCUUCCGAGCGCCAUGUCGAAUAUAUACUUGUGGCCUCUUUCCACAUCGACCGCGGCCCGAUAAUGGAACAUCAAUACCCUGCUUCGAUUAGUGGUGACGAGAGUAUGCUUGCAGAGCUUAUGCUUCCGGAUCAAACGCACGUACGAAGUCAAGAUUGGACUAUCUUUUUUUUACACAAGGAUACCGAGUCAGAUGAAGAAGAUGCGGGGGAAAAUAAAAAGGAACGGCGGAGAAAACGGAGGAGGCAGCAGACCGAAACCGAGCAGGGAAGCGAUGAGGACUUGACCAACGACGAAGACGAUCAGUCAGAUGAGCCUGAUAGCACUGAUGACGAGGAAGAUAGCGGAGAAGGGCCACCACUUAUGUAUGUGUUAAACUUGGUCAAUACCAAGCAAGACAAUACAGUAAGACGUGGUGCUGUGGUUAAAGCAAUGGCUAUUUGUACACGUCAUUCUUUCCUCCAUAUAUACAAACCAUUGCUUCUGUUAGCCCUAGAAGACUAUUUCAAAGCUCCUUACCCAGAGACUCUGGCAUCUCUAUAUAACGCAGUCAAUGCGAUGGAUCUAUCUUUGCUACCUCGCUUCAACCUCCUUGAACGCAGCAUUCUACAAGCGAGUGACUCGAAAGACAUGUUCAUUGAAAAGUUUGAGCGCAUGAUUGAACAACGAGUUGCAGAUGAAGAGUCGGAACGUGAUCCGGAUGCCUCCCCAGAGUCACCAACCGGCAAAUCACGCUACGUACUACCACGAGACACGCAUGAGUUUGAGUCUAAAGUCGUAUACAACGAUAUACCUAUUCCAGUAAAGGUUCCUACAAUUAUUUGGCCGGAGACAGUAGGAGACUUUUCACUCAUCAAACUCAUUCAAAUAUUCGCGACACCACACUCUACCACCCCACAACCUUUUGCGCUUCAUCCGCAUCUCACGACCAACGGAGCUUAUACCCAUCCUAUUGUUGUGUUAGUCAAUGCCAUGCUUACCCAGAAACGAGUCAUCUUCUUGGGGCAUAACCGACCAUCAGGGGAAGUGGCAGAAGCUGUAUUAGCUGCCUGUGCUUUGGUAUCUGGCGGUAUCCUUCGCGGGUUUACCCGUCAUGCUUUCCCGUACACUGAUCUCUCCAAAAUCGACGAUCUCCUGAAAGUGCCAGGAUUCGUUGCUGGAGUGACCAACCCCACGUUUGCAAAUCACCCAGAAUGGUGGGACUUGCUAUGCGAUCUCCCCACCGGCAGGAUGAAAAUCAGUAGUCGGAUUGAGCAGGCACCAUUGACAGAAGGACUCAAGUUCUUCCAGCAUUCCACUAGCAGCAACGCAUCAAAUCAGAGUGCUGAUCCUACGGGAGAUGUAGCAUUUAUGAAUGACAUUCUCCAAAGUAUCAAUCAACGAUACGGAGAAGGCGUGAUUCGUGCCAAGUGGCGCGCGUACAUUUACAAGUUCACUAGAGUAGCUGCAGCUUUCGAAGAGACCGUAUAUGGCGCUUCAGCUCUUUACAUCAUGGGACCUGGAGAGGACGCUACAUCGAGUCCUAGUGGUGCCAAAGCGGAUCCGUCAGAUCCGGCAUCGCUGCGGGGGCAUGGCUAUGUAUGGUCUGAUGAGGUUAGCAAGCAACGCGAGCUUGCAGCAUGUGUCUAUCGAAUCGAAGGGUGGCGCAAUACUCGGUCCUACUACGCAUUUAUCCAGGAUGUUGCUACCUCGUACAAUGCUACGGGUCCUAUAAAGCAGAUGGACUUGCAGCACCAUCAUGAUCGGCUACGUUCGCUGAAGCUCCCUCCUGAGGAAGCGGCUAGCAUCUAUCUUGCUUUCUCGCACGCGAUACGCAAUUAUGCAGGUGUAUGCCAGCUACUGACUGUGACACCAGAAAGUCAGGCAGGAUUGUUCUACGUCAGUCUUGGCCUCUUCCAUCCAGACGUCGCAGUCCGCGAUGCCACAGUGGAACUGCUCGACCGCAUAGCCAGUCAUGAAGCAGGCCGCCAUUUCUGGAACCAGGUUGGACGCUUCACGAAGCUGGCGUAUUUUAGGAUCAAACGAGACCAUGAUAGUCUCAUCAGCCCAGCCUUGUCAACGGCGAGCCAAGGUGAUCCUUUUGGCGGGCCGCUCCGGCAGCAACGGAGCUUGGUCGGUAUUGCUCUGGAGGGCACGAGUGCCACGAACCGGAGGAGCUGA